AUGUACAGCCAGCAGGCUUAUCCUUCCUUUACCCUGAACCCCGGGAUCAUGCAAGAUAGCUUUGGGGGUUACCACCACCCCUCCCAGGCGUUCUUCUUCUCCGCUGUGAAGGCAGACAAUGGGGAUUUGGGAGAGCACCAGGCUCAGGUCAUGGCUUGGAGCCACCCUCAGAUGGAGCCCACUGGUCACCUCAACCUCCGUGCGCCCCCAGCUCAUCAGCUAAGAGAGGAGACCCCCUGCGCGGCGGAGAGCAGGAAGAUCAAGGAGGAGACCGAGGAUGCUGGAGGAGCAGCAGAGGAGAGGGGUCCCCCAGCUCCCCAAUAUUACACCCAUGCCUGGACUCCUGCUUUCUGGCCCGGGAACCCCAAUCUUUCCAGCCAGCCCCAGAAAACCGUCAGCGUCCCGGGCUCCAACGUGUACCCGAGCCCCGCCAGCCAGAGCCCCAACACGCCGGUGGAGACGGCGGCGUCCAACAUGGAGAGCAGCCGCUGCAGCAGCAGCGCUUCCACCCGAGAGGCGGCCAAGGAGGGCGACGCGUCCAUCAGCCCGAGCACCCAGGAGGAAGCGUUGUGUAGCGAUGGGGAAGACGCGCUGGAAAUGCCCAGUGAGAUGGAAAUGGAGCAGUUUGCUAGGGAUAUGAAGCAGAAGCGCGUGUCUAUGGGGUUUACACAAGCGGAUGUUGGCUAUGCCUUGGGAGUUUUAUAUGGAAAGAUGUUUAGCCAGACGACAAUCUGUAGGUUUGAGUCCCUCCAAUUGAGCUUCAAAAAUAUGUGCCAGCUUAAACCCCUUUUACAGCGCUGGCUGGAAGAGGCUGAAAACAAUGACAACCUUCAAGAGAUGAUCAAUCGGGAACAGGUGCUGGCUCAGUCCCGGAAGAGGAAACGAAGGACAAAUAUUGAGAACCUGGUGAAAGACAGUCUGGAGAGUUAUUUCUUGAAGAGCCCCAAGCCAGGCACCCAGGAAAUGGAACAGAUUGCACGGGAGCUGCAUAUGGAGAAAGAUGUGGUCCGCGUCUGGUUCUGUAAUCGCCGUCAGAAGGACAAGCGACAAGUUCCAAAGGAGCACAGUAAUGAAGGUUACGAAGUGCAGCACAUGGUCCCUCAUGUUGGUGUUUUUCCUCUCCCUCAGGAGGUGUCUCCAGGAUACAUGUCGGGGCCAUUAGGAUCUACACCACCCAUGUACAAUUCUACCUUUAACCACAAAAACGACAUGUUCCAACAGUCUGUGCCUCACGGAAUGCCUCUUGGAAAUCAAAUCUGCUAA